UUUUUCGUCAAAAAAUAUAACACUCGCCUGGGAAAAUACAAUCUCUAAAUUAACAGGAAAAUUUAUUAGAAUCAAUUGUACCUAGGUCACAGCCCAAAAAUCAGUAUAUAGGUGCUUACCAAAAUCAUGAAUCGAGCAGCACAAGAAACCCCAAAUGCACCAGGUUGGUUCUGAUUUCUCCAUCGGAGGAGCUCGGCUAGCCAUAUAUCAGAUCCGAUGAAUCACUCCUGCUAGCCUGGUAAAAUCGCCUCCGUUUUGUGCAGGUUUUCCUCCUUUCGUUAAUUUUCUCUGAUGAACCACUCGUGCCACAACGGACUAGCCAUAUAUCCAAUGAACCACUCCUGCCACAAUGGACUAGCCAGAUAUCGGCAACUACCUCCAUUUUGUGCAGGUUUUCCUCCUUUCGUUAAUUUUCUCUGAUGAACCACUCGUGCCACAACGGACUAGCCAUAUAUCCAAUGAACCACUCCUGCCACAAUGGACUAGCUAGAUAUCGGCAACUACCUCCAUUUUGUGCAGGAGGAGCAGCGGAGAUCAGAGGCUGUAAGGCAAGAACUCAAGGCUUCCAGGGCUCUCAAGUGUCAGGUGUGGCCGUGAUGUUGUGUUUUAUUCAUCAAUUAAGCUGUGAGAAUAAGUUCUGGUUCCUAGGUUCAGCACAAAAAUUUUAUACAGGUUAAGCAAGAGCGAUAUGUGUGCUUUAGUUUAGUUUGUUUUUCUCCAUCAUACAAGUUAAGAAAGCAUGGUUGUGUACUUUCAUUCAGUUUAAUUUCUUUCACGUUAUUCAACUAAGGAAACAUUGUAACAUAUAGUCAAAACCGUCAGGAAAAAACUGAUUUGGGGUAGUGUGUUGAAUGCAAGUUACAUGUGGAAUCCUAAUGGUGGUUGGCUAUAUAGCAGCCAUUGUGCUUAGGAAGCAUAUAUAUCAAGUGGGUUGAACUUAUAGUUACUUGUUUGCUUACAUGUGCUUAUCUUUGUAUUGAAAUGUACUAUGUGCAAUGUAAUGUAAUGAACCAUGUGUUACUUGUGCUGCCACGUAUUUCCUUCCUAAUGCAUCUAUUUAUUUAUGUAGACCUGAAAUUCUAAUCAUAAUAGGCUAAUAGUAGAUGUUGUGUUCAUGGAAGCAUACUAUGUGUGUUGAUCCUAUAGUUGUUGUUUCUUCCCCAUAUUUUUACUUGAAUAUAUUUAUAGUCUGAAAUGCGCUAUGCAUAAUUUUGAACGUGUUGUUUUUUGUGCUUCCAGGUCUUUCCUUCCAUAUGGCUUUUGUAGAUGUAUCUAUUUCUUUUUGUAUACUCGAGAUUUUAACCAUAAUAGACUGAUCUUUGCAUAUGGAUGCAUAUUGGGUGGGUUGAUCUGGUGGUCAUCUGUCUACUUUUCAGAACAUGAUUUGUGUAAAUUUUUAAAAAAGUUUUCCACGGGGAGCAUCCCCGUCUUCGUCUUAAAGGAGGGGAUUAUUGAACCCUGUCGAGCCAAGAAACUCACUGAAACCAAUUCUCAAGAAGGUACCCAUAUUUUGUGAGCACCCGAGUUCAAGUCCGGGUGGGCAGUCUCUUUACUGGAGGCUCUACCAACCGAGCUAUCACUCGGUUCUCAUUUGUGUAAUUUAAUAAAUCAUAUGUUGUGGUUUUUUCUGCCAGGUAUUUCCCUCUGAAUGGUUUUGUAGAUGCUCUUACUUGUAUCUGUGCAUCACAAAUCCUUGUCAUAAUUAUACUAAAAGUAGCCAAUGGAACAUAUUACGUGGGUUGAUCCUGUAGUUUGUUUCUCUUUGUUGCCUGCAUAUAUCUUCGUUCUGAAAUAUGUUAUGUGUGUUUAUGCUGCGAGGUGUUUCAUUAUGAAUGAUUCUGUACGAUCUGUUUAUCUCCAUACACCUGAAAUCCCAAUAAUAGUAGAUUGAAAAUAGCCUUUGUGCAUAUAAGAGAGACCUGGUGAUGAUGGGAAAACCCUGCCUCUAGCAAAACAACAUGUCAAGAGAGGUCGAAAUGGAAGUACUAGAGGCCGUAAACCAAAGAAUGGCAACAGCCAAGACAAUGGACGCCACCAGGAAGGAAAACUACCAUAAAAAACGACCGGAUCUGAAGGCAUUAACAAAGAUGCAAGAAAGCGGUGCCAUACUUUAUCAAGAGAAGAGGAUACGACAUCUUCCUGGGAUUGCUGUUGGGGAUCAGUUCUACUCACGUGCUGAGAUGGUUGUCCUAGGGAUCCACAGCCGUUGGCUGAAUGGUAUAGAUUAUAUGGGUAUGAAAUACCGAGAUAACCAUUUUCACUUGAUUAAGCAGAAAGGGUACGAGGACUUUACUUUCCCACUUGCAACCUGCAUUGUAAUGUCGGGGGUAUAUGAAGAUGAUUUUGAUAAUGCCAAUGAAAUUAUUUACACUGGCCAAGGUUUGUUCAAUUGGCUUGGCAAUCGUCACCAGAAAACUGAACAAACGUUGCUUCGUGGAAACUUGGCACUGAAGAUUAGUUCUCGUGGUUCCUUUGAUCUUAUAUUCUAGGUAAACCCCUGUUGUCAUUUCAUAGUUUCCAUUCCUUCAUUUUUCUUGUAUAUUUGUUCCAGAGCCACCAAUUAAAAACGUUCCCUCUCUCUUUUAUUUUUUAUGUUGUGAAAUUCCCAUCUUUUACUAUCUCAUAAAUAUGCUGAUUUUGGUCAAGAAGUAGAUUUUUUUUUUG